AUGUUGACAUAUAAACAAAAUAACUUUAAUCAAAAUAAUCAAAGUAAUCAAAUUAGCGAUCGAUCGAUUUUUCAACAAACAAGUCAACAAAAACAAACUGAUUGGCAACAAAAAACUUAUAAUUGGAAUUAUCAACAAAUAAUAAUGACAGAAAUACAAGAAUUAAGUGAACGAUUGGUAAAUCAUAAAGAGAUAGUUAAACAGAUCUCAAAAUAUGAUAAAUUAAUUGAAAUAAAAGAAGAAGGUGCUGAAGUUAAAGAAUUUUUAGAAUCUUUGACUGAAGAGAAAAGAAAAGAAUUAUUUCCAACAGUUGAUGAAUUCUUACGGAAUAUGCAAAAUCAAAGUUCAGAAAAUAUAGAAAAUGAAAUGGCAAAAGAAUUUAGACCAGGAUUUGAAGGAAGACCAUUACCUAAAUUAAUAAGGAUGAUUGAGAGUGGAAAAACCUUUAAUUUAUCCAAAAAUAUUAAACGUAAAUUAGGAACAAAUGAUGAUCGAAGGAUAAAUAAACAAAUUAGAAAAUAUGUUGAAUCUUAUAGAUUUCAGCCAUCUCCCAUGCUUGAUGGAUAA